GUAGACUGUGUUCGGCUCCACAUCAUACUGCAGUCAUGAAGAUUGCAUCUUUUAAUGUGCAGAGAUUUGGGCAGAAUAAAAUUUCAGACCCAGCUGUCCUGGCUACUCUGGUCAAGAUUGUGUCACGUUAUGACAUCAUUGUGAUUCUGGAGGUGGUGGAUAUAAGUGGGAUUUCGGUCAACAGCUUCUUGAAGGAGCUUAACAGGGUGAAUAAGAAACAUCACUACACACUGAAAAUCAGCACCCGAUUGGGAAGAUCCAGAUACAAGGAGCAGUUCAUGUUUCUUUACAGGGAUGAUUUCGUAGAUUUGGUGGGUUCCUACCAGUAUGAGGACAACCAAAAGGGAGAUGAGGAUGCAUUUGCCAGAGAGCCCUAUAUUCUGCGCUUCACCUGUCCGAACACAGAGCUGAAGGACCUGGUGCUGAUCCCAGUUCACACCAAGCCUGAUGAUUCAGAGAAGGAGCUGGAUGAGCUCUAUGAUGUCUUCCAGGCAGUGAAAAAGAAGUGGAAAACUGAUAACAUAAUGAUCCUGGGUGACUUCAAUGCAGAUGGUGCCUAUGUCUCUAAUAAAAAAAUGAAAGAGAUUCGCAUCCGGAGUGACAAGAAUUUCCAUUGGCUGAUUGGAGACGACGUUGACACAACAGCAAAUACAGGGAAUGACCACACCUACGACAGGAUCGUAGUUUAUGGGGAUGACAUGCUUAAAGCUGUGGUGCCAAACUCUGCCCAACCAUUCAACUUCCAAAAGGCAUUUGGACUGACAGAAGAAAGUGCUCUCAACGUGAGUGAUCAUUACCCGGUGGAAGUGGAGCUGAAGACACGCACGGCCAGGGGCCAAAGUUCUGGAAACCAAUACCCUGUUGAUGUGAAAAACACUGAUGUUGAAGACUUGUUGGAACUAAAAAAAGGCAACUUGCUGUUGGAACGAGAGAAGCUUGAUUUGGAGAUUAAAAUGUUAAAACUGAAGAUGGCCAAACUUGAACAAAACAAAUAAAAUUAAUCAUACGGUAUUGUAUCUUCAGAUACAAUAAACUUUGUUCCACUCUGAGGUGGUUUGAAUCUGAGCUACUGUAACAAAAAUGAAAAACAUGAAAUUUAAUGAGAAGAAAGAGAAAUUAAGAGAAAAUACAGUAGUUACAAAACUUUAUUUCAGAGCAUCCACUUUACAACAAAAACAAAAAUAAUUCAAAAAGGUCAUUUCUUUUUUGUUAACCCAAAAAUGGACCCAAAUGUAUGUCUGACAGAUUAAAACCAAGGUCUCUGACA